AUGGGGAAACACAGAGCGCAGGCCCAGUUUGACCGCGCUAAAUGGCGCCUCGCCCUCCUUCUCCCCAUGUGGCUGCUCCAGCUCGGCCUCAACCUGGCCAUGGUCGGCCUUUUCGGCUGGAGACUGGGCGACACCCUGAAGACGUACGAGGAUCGGGACAAGAAGGGCGAGCUCCCCGUCAUCGAGGUCGUCUGGGAAGCGACCAAUGUCGGCUUGGCCUUUGUGGCGUCGGUCUGCACCUUUUACGAGAUAGCCAAGUAUUCCGCGGAGUCACUGACUCCAUGGACGAUGCUAUUCACACAUGUUAUGAAAUUGACUUGUGCGAGCGCCAUUCUCGCCCUGGACGUUGUUGUCUACGUGCAGCGUCACGACCGACACUACUCCCUCAUCGGCCUGGGUCUCGACGGUGGUUUCAUCCUCACCGCUCUUAUUCUCGUCGUUUACACCAUCCGAAUCUACCGUCGCCUCUCCGUCUACGACGACUAUGCCCACCCGGUCAACGUCAAGCCAUUUGGCUUCGCCGAUGAGGAACGUGAUAUCUCGUACCAGAGCAACCUUGGCGGUGUCCGUCCUUCUCUCGAACAGCGGUUUUCCUCGGCAUCGUCGCGUAUGAGCCUCAGCUCCACCAAGAACGAGCCUAUCGAGCUCAACAAGAUGGAACGGACGCCGAGCGUAUACAGCCACAAGAGGGACACCCAGUUUGAUGCCUACGUGGCCCGACGAAACUCGGUCGGCACUGUAGACAGGGCUGUGAGCGGCGAGUUUGGCUGGUCAGGCAGUCCUGUGGAUCUCCAAGAAGAGCUGGCGAGGAGGGAGUCUAUCGGCACCGGCAAUGUCGUCACCCGGCCGAGAGGAGCAAGCAUGCCCCGCGCCCCCAGCUGGGCCAGCGACCGAGGCCUAGUCGCGGUACCAGAGGAGGAAGACGAGCCAGCCGACAAGCACGACAAGGCGGCUGAGCACAAGAAAGCUCGCGAGGCCCUCUUGGGAGAUACCCCCCGCGAGAGCGUUGACGGCCCCAUGGUACACCAGGAGGUGGAUUUGGCUGACCCCAGGUGGCGUCAAUCAUGA